AUGGAUAUCUACGUUGCCCUUGACUCGCCUGUCCUCCCUCUCCGGUGCGAAGGCGAUGCCUUGCUCAUUGAGGUAUUCAUGGAGUUGGAAGUGGAUCAGGACGCUUUAAAGUGGCUCAACUGGUGCCGUAUGUUCCUCCAAGUUUGCACCGUCUCCGACAUUGUGACGGCGGAUGGCCUCAGCAUACGAGAGUCCAUGUGGCAUGGGGAACGUGACUACGCUCAUCGGUCGUCAUAUCAAUGGCCUCGCACUGUCCGGCCUAACCGGAACCACUGGAAGGUGUGGCAGGAACACCUUACCCGAGCACUACUUGUCUCUGACGGACCCCAGCGCCUACUGCGUCAUCCUCUGGGCCCAUGGAUCGAUCCUCUCGACAACUGGAACUGGUUAUGGUCUUCUACCCACGGAUUGUUCCACCGCCAGGGCCAUGGGUGGCAACACUACCGUCACUGUCGCUCCUCCACACGGAGCAUUCAAUGGGACUAUCCUCGUUCUACGCAAUUGUCCGGGUGCAAACGACCACAUAACGAGCAUACCGCCAACGGUGUCAGCUUCUUGCCAGCCCCCUUUUGGACCCAACCACUCCCAGCUGACUUGUGCCGAGCUACCGUCCACAUUACGCCUUCGCUAGGCACUCUAGCCCUCACCGGCAUUGGGACAGCACCGCUGCAGCCGCACCACGACUCUCAACCGUCCUUGCUGGCCGCCUGGAUGGCCGCCUCAGCCAGGGUGACCGAGUAUGUUGGCUGGACCCCUGAAGAAAUAGAGAUCGAUGGCGACGAAAGCCUCCUUGCUGAAGCCCUACUCGAAGACCGGCUGUGUGUGAUCAGCGACGGUUCUUAUAAGCUCGGUCUGGGCACGGCAGCGGUUCAACUGCUUCCACGUAAGGGUGGCAAGGAACGUAUUAUUGUUCGGUGCCAGACUCCGGGUCUUCCUGAUGACCAGAGCGCGUACCGGAGUGAAUUGACUGACCUACUGGCCGGUAUCAUGGUUGUUGAUUGGCUCCUGGACCAGUGGGUUCCAACACUUUGA